AUGAUUGAUCUGCUGUCGGUUUUCUCGUCGGGUGGAGUGGUGCUCUACUCGGCGACGUAUGCCAAUGUUCCUGAUAGUGUGGUGAAUACGCUGAUUUCGACGGUGUUUAUUGAGAACCGCAAGUCGAGCACGUCGGGAUUCCAGAAAGAUGGGUACACCGUCAAAUACUCUGUGUCGAAUGAUCUUGGCAUGACAUUUGUCGCAGUGUUCAAGACUAUUCUACAGCUAGGAUAUGUCGACAGUCUUUUAGAAGACAGUAAAAAGAUCUUUCUAUCGCUAUUCAGUGAUGAUAUAAAAGAUAAUAUCAAAGCAGGUGAACCAAUUGCUAGUGGUAUUGACUUUACCAAGUUCGAGGCGCUGCUGAAAGUCCGGUUGGCUGAACUCGAGGGUACUACUCCUGAUAUCAAGAACAUCAAAAUUGACGAGGGUGAAUAUGAGAUUAUAAAUAGUCCUAAUGGUCAUGACACGGAUGAUGGACUAACAAGCGAUUCGGUUGUUGGUGGUCCAGGAUCUGGAUCUGGUGCUGGAGCUGCUGCUGUUUCAGGAUUGGCUGCUGAAACAGAUGGUAGUGGGUCUGUUUCAUCGCCUAGUGGAAAGAGAAGAGGUGGUCGACGAGGUAAAAAGUCGUCGAAUACAACUCCAUCAGCAGGAUCUCCUAACCAGUCGGGUGCUGAAGAUGGCAAGCCAUCUGCAGCUACUAAGACCAAGAAGAAGAUGCGACGUAGAUGGGACGAUUCUGGCAUGGCGGAGUAUGACGAUGACGACGAUGUGGUUCUUGAUUACUCGUCAGCAAAAGAUGGCAGUGGAAAUGCUGCGACUGCCGGGGAUACUUCAAAUGUUCUGGAAUUUACUGGUGAUUUGAAAAACUAUGGCUCGUCUACCAAGAGUGGAGAAUUUGUACUGAAAGAGCUUUCUGACGAACUACGAGGUAUUCUUGAUACAGACGACGGUACAGGAACUGGCGGGUUUAGUGUAGCAGCAGCUGCUGGAGCUGGUUCUGGAGCCGGUGUGGCAUCAGCAGCAUCCAGUUCGUUUGGUUUUCUACGGAACUUUCUUGGUGGUAAAACCAUCAGUCCUGAAGAUCUUCAAAAGGCUCUGGCUGCUAUGGAGAACCAUUUAAUGAAGAAAAAUGUUGCUAAAGAAGUAGCUGAGCAUCUCUGUUCGACAGUUGACAAGAGUCUGGUAGGAUCCAAGACACAAAACUGGACUACUGUAGAAGCGACGGUAAGAACAGCCAUGACCGACGCAUUACGACGAAUCCUCACACCCAACACAUCUCUAGACCUGUUACACGAGGUUCAAGCUGCAAGAAAGUCACGACAAAGACCAUAUGUCAUUUCAGUAGUCGGUGUCAAUGGUGUGGGUAAAUCCACUAACCUUUCUAAAAUCGGGUUCUGGCUUCUUCAGAAUAAAUACAAAGUGCUCAUUGCCGCAUGUGACACAUUCAGAUCAGGAGCUGUCGAGCAGUUGAAAGUGCAUGUACGAAGAUUACAAGAACUGACCCAGCGAUUAGGUACUGGAGAAGUUCAGAUCUUUGACGAAGGAUACGGUAAAGACGCAGCUGUGAUAGCUCAAAGAGCCAUUGAAUAUGGCCAACGAAACGAGUUUGAUGUCGUACUCAUUGAUACUGCAGGAAGAAGACACAAUGACGACCGGCUCAUGUCGUCGUUGGAAAAGUUCGGCCAACUGGCUAAUCCCGAUAAAAUCAUCAUGGUCGGUGAAGCUCUAGUAGGAACCGACUCGGUUCAACAAGCACGCAACUUCAACGCAGCAUUCGGUGCCAACCGGAACCUCGACUUCUUCCUUAUCAGCAAAUGCGACACCGUCGGCGACAUGAUCGGAAGCAUGGUCAACAUGACAUACUCCACCGGCAUUCCCGUCCUCUUCGUGGGAGUCGGCCAAAACUACACCGACCUGCGAACCCUGUCCAUCGACUGGGCCGUCAACCUUCUCAUGAGCUAA